CCCUGCCUCACAUGUCCAUUUUUCUCGAACACCUACAAAUACUACCUUCCUCCGAAAGCAUAAACAGGGACCGCACUCGCAGUUGCAGGUGUAGAUUCAUUUUUAUUAUUUUUUUUUCAAUUCACUUUUGAUUUUCCGAUCUCUCGAGGAGUUAUCGGAUCCGAAACUAUGGCGAAAAAUUCAAGGAAGGAAGAAACCGAGCUCAAGGUCUCGGGGAACUUACCGCUAUGCACGCCGCCGCAGACGAUUACCGCGCCUCCGCCGCAGAUUCUCGCUUCUAGAUUGCCGGAGAGUUCAGAUCUGCCGGUUUCCGAGGCUUGCGACAGGAGCGCGGACUCUGGUGGUGGGCCGGAGACUCCCGAUCUGGCGGUUCCGGUAGGAGGAAGGAAGAGGCCGAGGGAGGUUGCGCGGUGUGCCGGAUCGAAUUGCAGGAAACGGAUCGGACUGAUCGGAUUUCGGUGCAGAUGUGGAGAAGUGUUCUGCUCGGAGCAUAGGUAUUCGGAUCGGCAUAACUGCGGGUACGAUUACAAGUCCGCUGGCCGGGAGGCGAUCGCGAGGGAAAAUCCGGUGGUGAGAGCGGCGAAGCUGCUCAAGGUUUGAAUUCGAUACAGUAUUGAAUUGAACGGACUCAAAAGUUUUAGGGGUUUAUUAUAAUUAUAGCUAAUAUGCGUUUUGGGGUCAUUCCUAUAUUUAAUUAAAUUCGUCGGAAAUUUGUUUUAUGCUUCGACUCAAUAUUUGUGGAAUUAGAUCAGUGUUCAAAACGGCGCCGGAUCGGGCGGUGGUUGAUGUUUUGAUUGAUUAUACUAUACGACAAAAUUUAAGAAAAAUACUGUUUGGUUAGCUGAA